UCAGGAGAUGCUGGAGAUCAGAGAGAGGAGCUGGGCUCGCGCGCUCUGCUCUGUCCGCUGAGAGCGCGCGGUAGAGGCUCGUGCAGGAGGUCCCGGGCUCGGUUCUAACCCGCGCUCUCUGAUUGGCCCGGUUUUGGGUGGGGAUUAGCGCCGCGGGUUUGUAUGGAUGUGACGGAUGCUCGUGCGCGCAGAGCUCGCGGCUGAUGCGGAGCUCAUGCUGAAGUGGUGUCCGGGACUGGACCAUGCGGGAUGCGCGCGUGAACCCAGCCGGCUGUGGACGGAAGAAGCUCGAGGAGAACACGUGAAUCUAAGCUGGUGGUGUGUGUGAGAGCUGAAGGAGUCCAGAACCGACCCAUCUGUGGCAGUGUGACCAGAACAGAACCGCCCACAAGCAUGAGGAUUAAAUACACCAUCUGCUUCAUCUUCAUCGUGGCGCUCGUCAUCAUCGAAAAGGAGAGCAACAUCAUCUCAAAGGUCUCAGAUAAGCUCUCGCUGAAGCAGACGCCUCAGACUCCAGUGCAGGCUGGUGGUCUCUCCUGGACCGUCAUGCAGAAUGGCUCUGGCUCGCCUGUCCUGGACUACACAGACCCGCAGUCUUACCGAUACACCAAUCGGCGCCUGGAGAACUUCAGCGAAUCCGGCGAGGGCGGCCUGCUUCCUGCUUCCGCGUCUGAUGGGAGGAAACACAUCCUUCUGUUGGCGACCACCCGCACUGGCUCGUCCUUCGUGGGCGAGUUCUUCAACCAGCAGGGGGAGAACAUGUUCUACCUGUUUGAGCCGCUGUGGCACGUGGAACGCAUGCUGACUCUGGAAAGUGGCAGGACGAACGCCACGGCUUCGGCGGCGGCCUACAGGAAUGUCCUCCGGCAACUGUUUCUCUGUGACUUUUCUAUGUUGGAAAGCUUCAUCAAGCCAGAGCCGCAGGACCAUGUGACGCAUUCGCUUUUCCGCCGGGAAUCCAGUCAGUCGCUGUGCGAAGAUCCCGUCUGCACACCAUUCGUCAAGAAGGUCUUCGAGCGCUUCCGCUGCCGCACCCGCCGCUGCGGUCCUCUGAACCUGACCCUGGCCUCGCAGUCCUGCCUGCAGAAGCAGCACAGGGCCAUCAAGUCUGUACGUGUACGCCAGCUGGAGACUCUGCGUCCCCUAGCAGAGGACCCACGCCUCGACAUAAAGUUCAUCCAGCUGGUCCGGGACCCGCGAGCAGUGCUAGCAUCCCGAAUGGUGGCCUUCUCCACCAAAUACAAGAACUGGAAGAGGUGGGCUGAAGACGGCGAAGUUCCAGAGGACGAUGACGAGGUUAGGAAGCUGAAAGGGAAUUGCGACAAUAUCCGAAUGUCCGCAGAAACGGGUCUGAAAUGGCCCACCUGGCUGCGCGGACGCUACAUGCUAGUACGAUACGAGGACAUCGCCAGGUUUCCUAUGUCCAAAGCAGCGGAGAUGUACCAGUUUGCUGAAAUCCCCUUCACCCCCAAAGUAAAGGAAUGGAUCCUGAAGAACACUCACGCUUCCAGCGAGGUCAGCGGAGUCUAUUCCACCCAGAAGAACUCCUCCCAGCAGGUGGAGAAGUGGAGGGUCAGCAUGCCCUUCAAACUGGCACAGGUGGUGCAAAAGGUUUGCGGCCCCGCCAUGACUUUGUUCGGCUACACCUUUGCCCAGAGCGAGGAGAUGCUGAGGGACCUGUCCAUCAGUCUGAUCCAGGAAACGUCCUUAAGGACCAAUGAAAUCUCGUAAAUUGGCUCGGUCCUUUAAGCAGCGCUGAGUCUGGACUUUUAUAUUCAGAGCUUUAUAUUUAUUACAGACCAAAGCAGAACAGGACUUUUACUCUACUAUAUAUUUCAUAUUCACAAAAAAACAAACAUAAAAAUACUUUAUAAAAAUACAAACUACCUUCAGGAAUCAGAGGGAACUAUGCUAGAAAUCACAGAAGAGCUACAGAAGAACUACAGGGGUUGGACAUUGAAACUGAAACACCUGUCAUUUUAGUGUGGGAGGUUUCAUGGCUAAAUUGAAGCAGCCUGGUGGCCAAUCUUUAUUAAUUGCACAUUGCACCAGUAAGAGCAGAGUGUGAAGGUUCAAUUAGCAACGUAAGAGCACAGUUCUGCUCAAACUAUUGCAAUGCACACAACAUUAUGGGUGACAUACCAGAGUUCAAAAGAGGACAAAUUGUUGGUGCACGUCUUGUUGGUGCAUAUUUGACCAAGACAGCCAGUCUUUAUGAUGUAUCAAGAGCCACGGUAUCCAGGGUUAUGUCAGCAUACCACCAAGAAGGAUGAACCACAUCCAACAGGAUUAACUGUGGACAAAAGAGGAAGCUGUCUGAAAGGGAUGUUCAGGUGCUAACUCGGAUUGUAUCCAAAAAACAUAAAACCAAGGCUGCCCAAAUCAUGGCAGAAUUCAAUGUGCACCUCAAAUCUCCUGUUUCCACCAGAACUGUCCGUCGGGACAAUAAAUUACUGUGGGCUAAAACCAGGUGUUUCAGUUUCAUUGUCCAACCCCUGUAUUUCCAAAGCUUGAACUUUUAUUUUAUUUUAACAGAGACGUAAUUUACAUAUCAUAUCAGACGCUGGAACUCCUAUUUAUGUUUUCUGAUUUGCAGCUUUUUCAGGGUUAUAUGGAAGCUCGUUUAUAUCUUUUUGUGUUUUUCUCACUUAGUUUAUAAACAUUUUACAGACUUUUUAAAGUUAAAAACAGAUUUUUUGAGGUUAUAGAGGUUAUAGAGACAUUUUCAGAAAAUGAUGCAUGUUUAGAUAAUAACUGUCUGGGAAUGGGCUUCCAUAGUGUUUAUUCUCAGAUGCUGCUUUAGUCUCUGUCGAAGAAACUUGAAGUGGAACUCAAGUCGAUGGUAAUAGUUUAUUAUUAUGGUUUAUUAUGGUGUAUUUUGGGUAAAUUAUAGAAAGUCCAGCAGAAAUGCUAACUGGGUUAACUGGAGGCCAGUUCUCUGUCUGGAUUUAAUAACCAGGCUGUAAUUAAUGUAUUUGUUUAAUACGGGACAUCCUGUCUGUCCAGAUGUGUUUAUAAGGUACGGUUCUGUGUGGUUCUGCAGCUGGUUUGCAGAAGAGUGUCCACACCGGUCACUUCACUAAUGAAUAAUGGAGACGAAAGAUCUUUAACAUGUGAUAAUAUGCUUUACACCAUACGCAAUUCUUAUAUAUGGCUAUAUCAUAAAGGAUCGGACAUAUAUAAUAAAAAUAUAUACUUAUAUAAGAAGAGUUGGUUUGCAAAAACAGCUGUACCCUUUAAAUGUUUUGGGAACAUUUUCUCAGUAAACAAAUCUGAUGUGAUAAUAUACAACUAAGGAAAUUAAAUGAAACUAUAUAAAUACCAUAUUUACUAUUAUAUUGAUGAAUGCACCAAUGGAAAUGUAUAAUACAGUGCAUUACAUUUUGUCACAUUACAACUACAAACCAGCACAGAGUAGCACAAAGCAGCACAUAAUAUUAAAGUAGAACGAAAAUGAUACAUGGUUUUCAAAAUGUUAAUCAAAUAAAACUCUGAAAAGUGUGAUGUGCAAAAGUAUUCAGCCUUUCUAAGUAUAUCAAUACUCAGUAGAGACCCCUUUUGCUGCAGUUACAGCUGGGGUUUGUCUCUACUGGCUUUGAGCAUCUAGAGACUGAGUUUUUCUCUUUUUUUUUUUGCAAAAACAGCUCAAGCUCAGCCGGGUUGGAUGAAGAGUGACUGCAAACAGCUAUUUUCAUUUCUUGCCACAGAUGCUAAAUACGAUUUAGGUCAGAACUUUAGGUCAGGAUUGGGUUAUUCGAGCAUGAAUAUUCCUUAAUCUAAAAUGUUCCACUGUAGCUCUGACUGUAUGUUCAGGGUCAUUGUCUUGCUGGAAGGUAAAUCACCUUCCCAGGUUCAAAUCUUUUGCAGCCUCCUGUAUUUGCAUUUAGAACAAAAAGUUAAUCUUUGGUCUAAUCUGACCACAGCAAAUUGCACUUUUUUAUGUAUUUCUUUCAACAAUGGUUUUCGUCUUGCCACUCUUACAUAAAAGCCAUAUUUGUGGAGUGCACAACUAAUAAAUGUCCAGUGGACAGUAUCUCCUACUUGAGCUGUGAAUUUCUGCAGCUCCUCCAGAGUGACCAUGGGCCUCCUGGUCCUUGCUCGAUCUGUCGGUUUGGAGGUAUAGAAUACUUUUUCCAUGUUUGAACUAUGGAUUGAACAGUGCUCCUUGGGAUGCUCAAAGCUAGGGAUAUGUUUUAUAACCUAACCCUGCUUUAAACUUCUGCACAACUUUAUCUCUGACCUGUCUGGGUAGUUCUUCCUUGGUCUUCAUGGUGCUGUUUGUUCAUUAGUGUUCUUUAACAAUCCACUGAGGUCUUCAGAGAACAGCUGUAUUUAUACAGAGACUAAAUUACACACAGAUGGACUCUAUUAACUAAUUAAGUGAUUCUAAGGGCAAUUAGUUGCAGUGGAUUUUAUUUAGAGGGUUUAGAGUAAAGAAGGUUAAAUACUUUUGCACGUCACAUUUUUUUUAUUUUUCAGAUUUUGAAAAACAUGUUUUAUUUUUGUUCCGCUUCACAAUUAUGUGCUACUCCGUGUUGAUCUAUCAAUUAAAAACUCAAUAAAAUACAUUUAAUUUUGUGGUUGUAAGGUGACAAAAUGUAAAAAAGGGUUAUUUAUAUUUUUCAGCCAUUUUACAUCAUCAACAUAUAUAUACUAUAUAAUGCUGUAUAUCGGAUUUGCGUAUGGGAGAUAUUAAAGCUGACUGGAUGAUAAAUGUGCAAAUUGGGUUUAUAAUAAACACAGUGCCUUUCUGAU